AGUGGACCAAGAGAGAGAGAGGGGGGCAAUGGCAGGAACAGUGAGAGCUCUGUAAUAUUCAGAACCCGAGCCUCAUGGAGCUGGCUCUACAACACACACACUUGCCUCCUGUAGCUUUGAGAGAAACCAAUCCUUUCCUGUACUAUCAUUCUCAUUUCAAAACCCCUGCGAAUUCUCCUCUCCGUCGAAACCAACUUCGGCAAGCUCAAUUUCAACUUCAGGCCGCUACUGGAAGUACUGUAAGUCCUACCAACAGAAAUCGAAAGGAUUGGUUUUCUGAAAACCAAUUACAAGAACACGAGGGGGAGGAGGAUGGUUUUACCCAAGCUAUGGCAACUGCAAGGAUUGAGAGCUCGUGGAACAGGGAAGAUGCCGUCGAAGACGACGAAUCAGCAAUUCUGUCGUUGAGCGAGAAGCCAGACAGAAACAUGGCCUUGCUUGACGACUACGAGAUGGAGGAGCUUGACUACGUCCCUCACCCUAACCAUCGUAGUGGAUAUGUGGCUGUGCUCGGCAAGCCAAAUGUUGGAAAGAGUACACUCUCAAACCAAAUGAUUGGGCAAAAGCUCUCGAUCGUUACAGAUAAACCUCAAACCACGAGGCAUCGAAUUCUUGGUAUAUGUUCUGGCCCAGAGUAUCAGAUGAUACUUUAUGACACCCCUGGUGUUAUUGAGAAGAAGAUGCACAAGUUGGAUUCCAUGAUGAUGAAGAAUGUCCGCAGCGCUGCCAUUAAUGCAGAUUGCGUACUCGUUGUUGUUGAUGCGAGUAAGGUGCCCCAAAAGAUUGAUGAAGUGUUGGAAGAGGGUGUAGGAGAUGUCACAGAUAAGUUACCCACCUUGCUGGUUUUGAAUAAGAAGGACCUCAUCAAACCUGGUGAAAUUGCAAAGAAACUUGAGUGGUAUGAAAAACAUACUGGUGUUGAUGAAGUCAUACCUGUGAGUGCCAAAUAUGGGCAUGGAGUGGAUGAUGUCAAGGACUGGAUACUAUCAAAACUUCCUCAUGGGCCAGCGUAUUAUCCUAAGGACAUUGCUAGUGAGCACCCAGAACGAUUUUUCGUGGCUGAGAUCGUCAGAGAAAAGAUCUUUAUGCAAUACCGUAACGAAGUUCCUUAUGCAUGUCAGGUUAAUGUGGUAAGCUACAAAACCAGGCCAAAUGCAAAAGAUUUCAUUCAAGUUGAGAUUAUUGUUGAGAAAAUCACACAGAAGAUUAUCCUCAUUGGCAAGGAAGGGAGAGCUUUGAAAUUACUUGCAACGGCGGCUAGGCUUGACAUUGAAGAUUUCUUGCAGAAGAAAGUUUUCUUGGAGAUUGAAGUGAAGAUAAAAGAGAAUUGGAGGCAAAAUGAGGGGCUUCUGAAGUACUAUGGCUAUGGGGGACAAAUCCAAGCUUUAUGAUGCAGAAUUCCAUUUGCAACUUGGUUAAAAGGAAGUGAAGAUGCUUUCGUAAUGGCAAAUUCACAAAGCAGGAAUUGGUGGCCAUGCAAUGACGUUUUCCUGUGUAGUGCUCGAGUGGGGAAUUAUGAAAGUUUUGAUGAAUCUUCUAUGUAGCAGAAUCAGGAGUUGUCGUAAUGGUCUACGCUCCCCCCCAUUUUUCUUUUCGGGAAGUCCCCCCUAUGUUGAGCCUGUGAUUGGGACCAUUUCUUGGGAGACCUGUCAUGGGUGGGAAAGCUAUAAUGAUUUAGCUUGCUAAUUUUACAUAUAAUGGCAUUUUUCUGGGUGUCACACAGCUUCCACUUCUUUUCAGUAUAUAAUGGUAUUGAAUUUAGAUGUGAUACUGCAGAAUGGGGGGUGCAUGUGAUAAGUGGUGCUCAAUGCCUCUACUCAAAUAAAAUUAUCAGGAGUGGUCGUUCCCUUGUUUCCUCUGAGGCCAAAAAGAGGUAGACGUUUAUCAAGAUUUGUGGCAUAAGGACACGACUAUUGCCUGUUAACAGAUACUACGAUCAUUAGUGGCUUCAUGAGGUUCAACAAGGGAAGGCUAACUGCGAAGCUGUUUGGACAGAUCCACUGCCUCAAAAUGCUUUGAUUAAUAAUGGAGAAGGACUAGCACCCUUUUAUUGGCUUUUUGGCAGGGAUAUUUGCAUUCUGGGUUUUUUACUUGUUAAUCAACUUUUAUGGGGGAACUAGAGUAUUGACCGGUAUUCAGUUUGACGAUUGGGAAAGGUAUGUUGCCCAGCUUUUAAGAAAUUGUCGUCCUUCUAUAAUGGAUUUGAAAUCCUUUCAAUACAUUUUUUUUUUCCUUUGGUUGCCUUAAUGUUAAAUCACCCACAUUGUUGUUGUGGAGGACCCAUUUAGAUAUAACGGGUCUCACUUGAAUUCAUGAAGGUGAGGUGACGGGUGACCUACCAUUGAGAAAAUUGAGACAAUUGGUGGAGAUUCAAAUCCCUCUACGCUAGCUUGUGGUCGUCCACCAAUGGCAUGGCACCAAGACAUUGAUACUUUGCUUCUGUUCUCAUAGGCAAUAUGGUUGGCCAGGUUUACGUCCUAAACGUGGGCUGAGCCGGUUAAGUUUGGGCUGUUAGCCUGAUGGCGUAUUGGGCUUUUGCAUGAUUGGGCCGCUACGUUUAGGGCUUUUCUUUUUGAUCAGGUAGGUCCCACAGAGUUGGCUACAAAGAUGGCAGCCCAUUGAACGAGCGCAACUAUAAAAAGGCUAUUACAUUGGAUUGGGCUUGUUUCUUGGAUUCUUUUUCACCACAGGCUCAGAUAGGGGGUGAUACCACAAAAAGAGUUGAAGGUGGGAUAUAUGACAUAGGACAUGGAGCAAUGUUAUGUUGUUUAAAUUGUUUACUAAAUUUUAUAUCUCAAAUUAAUGU